UGCGAUUUGUUACAGGCUGUUGUGAAUCGGAGCCCAGGCUUGAGAGCCCUUCUCUCCGGUCAGCAGUAGCAGCAGCAGCAUUAGCUCAGCAGCGCAGCAUCACUGCCUCACUGAAAAGCACAGAGAAGACAGGGAGAGGGAGAGACAGCAAUGCAAAGGGAUGUAAGAUGGCAGAGCUACAAAUGCUACUAGAGGAGGAAAUCCCUGCCGGUAAAAGAGCGCUGGUGGAAAGCUACCAGAACCUGUCCCGGGUCGCCGAAUACUGUGAAAACAAUUAUGUUCAGGCUCAAGACAAGAAGAAGGCCCUGGAGGAGACCAAGGCCUACACCACCCAGUCUCUGGCCAGCGUGGCCUACCAGAUCAAUGCCUUAGCUAACAAUGUGCUGCAGCUGCUCGACAUCCAGGCCUCGCAACUACGACGCAUGGAGUCCUCCAUCAACCACAUCUCCCAGACGGUGGACAUUCAUAAAGAGAAGGUGGCACGUCGGGAGAUCGGCAUCCUGACCACAAACAAAAACACCUCCCGCACCCACAAGAUCAUCGCCCCAGGCAACAUGGAGCGGCCGGUGCGCUACAUUCGAAAGCCCAUUGACUACACACUGCUGGAUGAUGUGGGACACGGCGUCAAAUGGCUUAAGGCCAAGCAACAUGGGAACAAUGCUGCAGGGCGAGGAGGGACGCUCGCCAGGACCAACCCCCCAACACAGAAACCCCCAAGCCCCCCCAUGGCCGGUCGCGGUACCCUGGGACGUAACACCCCCUACAAGACACUGGAGCCAGUGAAGCCUCCUGUGGUGCCCAAUGACUACAUGACGAGCCCGGCCCGACUGGGCAACCAGCACAGUCCUGCACGCACAGCCUCGCUCAACCAGAGGCCCAGAACACACAGUGGCAGCAGUGGGGGUAGUGGUGGCAGGGAGAACAGUGGAAGCAGUGGAGUGGGUCUUCCUCUGGCUGUUCCCACCCCGUCCCCUCCCAGUUUGGGGCAAGUGGCGGCAUCUUCAGCCUCAGUGCCCCAAGGCCCCGGCUUGGGUCCCAUCCCCAUGUCCCAGUUCGGCACAAUCUCCCGCCAGAUUUCUCGCCACAACUCCUCCACCACGUCCUCAGCCUCCAUGGUGUCGGCCACCGGCACUUACCGCCGCGCGCCCUCUGUCUCCUCCCAGCAGCCUCACAUCAACGGGGGACCUGCCUACACACAGAACCCAAUGUCUGUGGCUCCUCCCCCUCCUCCUCCCAUGGUCCAGCUGACUCCACAGAUCCCUCUGACCGGAUUUGUGGCCAGAAUGCAGGAGAGCAUAACAGACAGCCCUGCCCCGCCUCCUCCACCUCCACCAGAGGACAUGGGUGUGUUUGAAGAACCCUCUCCUCCUCCUCCUCCUCCUCCUGUGGACUACGAGGAAGAGGAGGCAGCAGUGGUUCACUACAGUGAUCCCUACGCUGACGGAGACCCCCAAUGGGCCCCCAAGGCUUAUUUAGAGAAAGUUGUGGCCAUCUACGACUACUCCAAGGACAAGGAGGAUGAGCUGUCCUUCAUGGAGGGCGCCAUCAUCUACAUUAUCAAGAAGAACGAUGACGGGUGGUAUGAAGGCGUCUGCAACGGCGUCACUGGACUCUUCCCAGGAAACUACGUGGAGUCAAUCAUGCACUAUGCUGAUUAAAAGAGAAACAAAGGAAAAAAUGCGCCCGAGAAAAAAAGAGCACUGCAGUUUGGAGCAGAGGUAAAACCGCGAAGAUGUACUCGUGUAUGCAGUGCAGUGAUCCAAGUCCACACAGCUUCUGUUUUCAAUGAAGUGCCAUGGUGACAUAUUUGGAAUAAUUUGGUUUUUCUUUUUAGAGGAGUUUACACUUUUGACAGUUUUGUUCUGCUCUGGAAAAAAAAAAAAAAAAGAUGA